UAAAGUGAAGGUUGCUUCCCGGAACUUUCCCUUAAUAAUCUGAUGCUUUUGGCGGCUAUAUUUUUAAUUAGCGCCACAUAUAUAAAGCCGUAUAACCCUCCAAAAUUUCCAUAUUUACAUUUCCUGAUCUCAUAUCCAAAUUUUAUCUGCAUCAUCAUAUAUCCUCUAUAAUCUGCAGCUAAAAUGAAGAGAGUCAAUCAAUCAACCCUCUUAUUUUACAGUCUGGUGAUCUCUUGCUGCUGUAUCUUUGUUACACAUUCCUUGAAUUCCUCCUCCACUACUACUUUCUCUUGUCUGCCACACCAAAGCUCUGUUUUACUCCAACUAAAAGGAGAGUUCACACUAAGGCAGCCUGAUGAGCAUUCAUUUCUCUACUCUCAUAGCAAAUAUCCUAAGAUGAGAAAUUGGAAGGCUGGUAGCGAUUGCUGUUUGUGGGACGGAGUGGCAUGCAAUAUGGCAACAGGUCAUGUAGUGAGCCUAGACCUUAGUGGCAGCUGGCUUCUUGGGCCUUUGCUUUCUAACAGCAGCCUUUUCAGCUUGGUUCAUCUCCGAAAGCUCAACCUUGCCUUGAAUGACUUCAACUCAUGCCCCAUUCCCUCUGAGUUUGGCCAACUAUCCAGGUUAACCCAUCUCAAUCUCUCUCACUCUUCGUUUCAUGGGGAUAUCCCAUCUGAAAUCUCUAUGCUUAUAAAUCUUAUCUCACUUGAUCUUUCCUGUUGGCCAUUUGGAUUGUAUAUAAGAGAAGGUGAGCUGGGAAGGCUUAUCCACAACAUGACCAAUUUAAGUCUACUUUACCUUGACUUUGUGAAUCUUUCUUCUUCGCCAGUGCCUCAAUCGAUGGCAAAUCAAUCUUCCUUGACACAUCUCUCUGUUCGCAAUUGCUAUUUGUAUGGUGAAUUUCCACAGAAUAUCUUCCAGUUGCCUAACAUACAAUCCAUUGAUCUGUCACAUAAUAUUGAUCUUACAGGUUCUGUACCGGAAUUUAAUUCUAGCAGUCACCUCAAGUCAUUGGUUAUCUUAAGAACCAGUUUCUCAGGGAAAUUGCCCGAUUCCAUUGGCAACCUCAAGUCCUUGAAUGUUUUACAUCUCAAAGUAUCUUCUUUUUCAGGGACAGUUCCUUCUUCACUUUGGAACCUUUCUGAACUCGUAGAUGUUGACCUCUUCCAUAAUCAUUUCACAGGUCAGCUUCCAUAUACUCUUGGGAGACUUGCAAAGCUCACUUCCGUUAAGCUUGAUGACAAUGAAUUCAGUGGUCAAAUUCCAUCUUCACUUGAAAACCUCACAAAACUAACACAUUUCAGUAUUUAUUAUAAUUCUUUCCAUGGACAAUUCCCAGCCAGACUCCCAUACCUUAUCCAAUCUCUAUCUCUUGGAUAUAACAAACUGACAGGCUCAAUCCCAUCUCAUAAUCUUAACUUGACCUUCCUUCAGUCCCUUGUUCUGUCUAACUGUUUUUUCUCUGGAGUCAUUCCUUCAUCUUUAUUUACAUUGCCUUCUUUGCAAUCCCUUAAUUUGGAGCACAAUCAGUACACAGACUUGGACAUCUCUAAUUCAUCAAAAAUAGAAAUUCUGUCUUUAAGCGGAAACAAAUUAAAUGGAGUCAUUCCAAGUUCCAUAUCCAAAUUGCAAAAGGUGACACAACUUUUUCUUGAUUCAAAUAAUUUCAGUGGAAGACUUGAUUUAGGAAUUUUCUCAGAGCUGAGCAACCUUCAUCUUCUUGAUCUUUCAAAUAACAGCCAUCUAUCUCAAAUAAGUGUAGAUACAAAUUCCACCCUACCAAAGUUUAAGUUACAUUUUUUAACCUCAUGCAACAUAAGUGAAUUUCCAGAUUUCCUGAAAACACAAGAUGAAUUGGUCUCAUUGAGCCUUUCUGGAAAUAGGAUUGAUAGUCCAAUACCUAAUUGGUUCUUCAGCAUUGGGAGGAAUACCUUGGAAUAUCUAUCUCUUUCCGAAAACUUGAUUAGCGGCUGGGAAGAAAUCCCAUCAACACUGCCAUGGAAGGAAUUGAAAAGUCUUCAUAUGCAUUCCAACAUGAUGCAAGGACCACUUGUCGUUCCCCCAAUGAGCAUUGAGGAAUUCUAUAUCUCAAAUAACAGCUUGACUGGAGAAAUUGAUCCAUCGUUCUGUAAAUUGAGUAAACUCGAAGGACUUGAUGCGUCAAAUAAUUAUCUGAGUGAGAUGAAGGCCUAAUGAGAAUACUCGACUUGAGUCACAACCAAUUACAGGGGAAGAUUCCAGAGUCUCUAAUCAAAUGCAAAGACCUGUUAGUUUUGAAUCUCGGCCACAAUCAGAUAAGUGAC